AUGACUGAGGCGACAACUGCGGUUGCUCUUGAGAUUUUCAAGGGCCUCUUAUCUGAUGCCUUCUGGCCAGAAUUCUUCAAACCUUUGCUUCUUGAACUCAAAAAGGAUCACAAUUCACUACUGAUUGUUCCAGUUCUACGCGAACUUCUAUCACAAUUCAAACCCCAUUACAUGCCAGAAGAUGACUGGCCUGAGUUCACUACUGUAUUGUAUGAUAAUUUGGAUUCUGGCAAAGAAGAUGUGCUGGAACUGGUGCUUUCAGUGAUUAACAAGUCCUUCAUUGAUGGUGCUGAAAAGAGAUUCGAACAAAGUCUUGAAACUUUGUGUGACAAACUUAAGAAAAUAUUGAGUUCUAGUGAGGUGUCAUUGAAGGUGAAAGAAGCAGCUGUUGAGGCCUCUUUUAGUUGUAUCUUGCGUCUUAAGAAUCCUGUAAAUGAUGAGUUCUUGCAAGAUCUUUUGCGAAAAGUAAUGAAUGCUGUUUUCUUUAAUGGUGAAAUAAUGUUUGAUGUAAGUCAAGAGGAGUAUGCGCGGCUGAUUCUUGAUCAAUUGGUUGCGUUGGCGAGGACAGAAGCUUGGUUCUUGAGAAACCAGAUUGCUAAGGUACUUAAAUUUAUGUUUAGUAUCAUGGAGAAUCCUGAAUAUGAAGAAAGAACAAGGUUUCUUGCGAUAGAAUGUGUGCUAGUUCUAACUGAAGAUAAAAGGGGCUGCGGCAUUUUGGUAAAUACAGGGGAUUUGCAUAUCAAGAGGAUGCUUUCUCUAUUGUUAUCUCUGAUUGCAACUAUCAAUGAGAACGUGGCUUUGGAUAAUUGUGAUGACAUGGAUCUAGCGCAAUUGAGAUUUGUUGGCCAGGGAAUGAAGAGCAUGGCUCGAUUUUCACAAGCAUUGGGUGGGAGAUUUCUUCUGGAGGGCUUUCCUCAACCAUUUGAAUCAUGCUUUAGUUCUGAGGCAUGGCAAAGACGCCGUGCUGCUAUUAGUUCACUGACCAUUAUUGCAAAAAAUUGCUCAAAGGCAUUAAAGUCCAAGGUGGAUCUUGUGGCAAAUCCAGUUAUGAAAAUGGUUGACGACAUGCAUCAUCGUGUGCGUUGGGGGGCUAUGUAUGCAGUUGAAGAAUUCUCCAAGCAUUUACACCCUGAAUUUCAGAAUCACUAUCAUCAAAAAGUGCUGCCUGUUUUAACAAAAUCUAUGGAUGAUUUCAGCGAUUCCAACAUUCAGGUGCAAGCUGCUAUGGCAACAUAUUACUUUGUUGAGGAUUGCACUUCAAAUAUGUUAGAACCUCACCUUGAUGAGAUUAUCAGUAAAUUGCUCAGAUGCCUACAGAAAGGAAAACAACUAUUGAAACAGUGGGCUUUGUCAGCAUUAGCAGCUAUUGCUAAGUCAUCACAGGACCAGUUUCUAAAAUAUUACAGAGCAGUUAUGCCUUACCUAAAAGUUGUGAUGAUGAAAGCAAAAGGGGAAUCUAAUGGCAUGCUCCUUUCUGCAACUGUUGCAUGCAUUACAGUGGUUUGGACAGUUGUUGGAAAGGAGAAGUUCGGUGAUGAUACUCAGCAGGUUGUUGAACUUCUUGUUUCUGCACCUAUAUCAAAUCUGGAGAUACAUGACCCAAUGAGAAUUGAACGGUUGAAACUCACUUUGCCUGAUGAUGCUAACAUUGAAGAACCAGAUGAAAGUAUGAUUCAGAUCAAAGCUGAAACUCUGGUGGAGAAAGCCACAGCUUGUGUAUUGUUGCGUAAUUGUGUUGCUGAAUUGAAGGAAGGCAUUGAUUUAUGGAUUGCUGAGGUUGCUGAAACUUUAGUUCCACUUCUCAGUUUUUAUCAGCAUGAUGAGGUUAGAAUAGCUGCUGUAUUAGCCAUGCCAGAAAUACUAAAAUCAUCUAAAGCAGCAAGGGAGAAAAAUCAUUUUCAGAAAUCUCGUUUUGAAAAGUUGUGUUAUGAUGUCAUACCAGCUUUGGUGGAAGCACUAGAUAAGGAAGAAGUCAUUAAAAUUAGUGCAGUAAUCUUGGACUCCUUAGAGGAUUGCUUAGAGAUAUCAGGACCUAUUUUAAAUACAGACCAGAUCAAGCGCUUCUUGGAUGUAAUAAUGGACGUUCUCAGAACUAGCAUAUCCAUUUCUGAAGAUGAAGAAUCAUUAGAGCAAGGGGAAAGAGUUAGUAAGAAAGUAUGUAGUUCUAUAACUGUUCACUGGAUAAUUGAUUCUGAUGCCGCUUGGCUUGCUCUUAUUUACAUUAGGACAUUAUGGUUAGUGUUAUUUCUCACCCCAUAUUUGUUCCUUGAAAAAGUGGCUGAUCAGCAUGCAGUUGGUGUCUCAUGCUUAGAAAGCAACAUUUGCAUCCGUAUAAGAGGCUUCAAUGUCAUUCCAUUCUUAAUUGAAAAACUUGUUGGCAUAAUUAUCUUCAGUAUUCUGUUGAAAGUUGUUUUGUUAAAUCAUAUCAUUCGGGUUAAUGAUAAAACACUUAAAGAAAGAAAAAUUGCCUUGAAAAUUUUCACUGAUGUUGUAGAGGAAUUCCGAGAAGAAGCAUUUAAGUUUUGUGAGAGUAAACUCUUGUUGCUAUUUAAAGCUUGCAAAGAUGACGAACCAGAAGUUCAAGAGGUAGUUGCACAUGGGAUUGGUGUUGCUGCAGCCUUUGGUGGAUCCAUAUUCAAACCUCUGGUUGGAGAAGCCCUUUCUGCUCUAAAUACAAGCCUAGGCCAUCCAAUGGCAUUUCACCGAGAUUACAUACUGGCCCAUGAUGCUGCCAUUUCAGCUCUUGGAGAAAUAUACCUGUUCCAUAAGGACAGAAUCAAUGCAACUGAGGUGUUUCGUACAUGGUUAAGCCAUUUGCCAAUAAAGAACAAUAUAGUUGAAGCCAAAAUUGCGCAUGAUCUGCUGUGUUCAGUUGUUGACAUGUCAAAGGAAAAACUUCUUUUCCAAGAUUUUGCUUAUCUUCCCAAAAUCGUUGCUAUUUUUGCAGAGAUACUGUGGGCUGAUGAUGACACUUUAGCAACAGAGGAAACCGUCAACCGAGUGAUUAAUCAGUUGAGGGACUUUAAGAGUAGGUUACCAUCCAAUUUCUGGUCAUCAAUCCUGUCAUCCUUGGAACCUUCUCGUCAAAAUAUUUUGAAACUUUCAUUGUCGUCUUAG